AUUUGCAUGAACCAUAACCUGAAUGAGAUAGUUGAGAUAUUGGCCUGGACAAGAUGGAAGUGAUUCGGUUCCUGAUCUACAUCACAAUAUUCGGUCUGGCCAUUUUACUGCUUCAAGAAAAUUUACUAUUUUUAUCUCAAAUUCUUUACAAAGUGUCCACUGCAAAACAUGUGACUGUGUCAUUUAAAGAUGUCUUCGUUGGAAAUCAUGUGAGUGAGCGAUUCCUCAGCGUAACCUUCAGCUGUUCGUUAUUCAGACAUAAGCACACGUCCAAACAUUUUCCUCUUAGGUCUAAGAAAAUGAAGACGUUAGCUCGAGAGUUAUCUCCCUCCUAUCUGAGAGUUGGUGGCACGUUGUGUGAUUUUCUCAUAUUCAACAUGACAGAAGAUACCACGCUACGAUUUAAACCACAUAAACCCAGAUAUAUUCAAAUUAACGGGGAAUGGAUUGAUGCCAAUACAAAUUUUACUAUGACACCCUAUGACUGGGAUCUAUUGAAUAUAUUUGCUAUGGAGUCUGGCUGGGAUCUGAUAUUUGAUUUCAAUGUAUUUUUACGUAAAAACGGACAGUGGGAUCCAACCAAUGCAAUAGAAUUGUUGAAAUAUACGAUACAGCAAGGUUAUAAACCUGCAGGGUACGAGCUCGGCAAUGAACCAAAUUCCUUAUUCCACAAAUUCAACUUUUCCAUCCCAGCACCAGAAAUGGCUGAAUAUUUCUCUAUUUUAAAACAAACCCUUGAUUCUCUCCCUGCCCUUGGAAAACCUAUCAUAGUUGGUCCCGAUACAACAGCAAUGAGACACAAGAGUGCCCGUGAAUAUUUCAUAAAAUUUUUAGAAUCUGGUGGAGGAGAUAUAGUUGAUAUAGCAUCAUUCCAUCAUUAUUAUCUAAACAGUGCCACAGCUACAGUGGCAGAAUUCCAUGAAGCAAAAGUUUUAGAUAGUUUAAUAGUACAGCUCAAUGAUGCCUUAGCAGCCUGUCGUAAUUACGCUCCAGGAAAACAGUGUUGGUUAGGAGAAACUUCCUCAUCAUAUGGUGGAGGGGCUGGUGGUAUCUCUGAUAGAUAUGUCGCUAGUUUCUUAUGGUUAGAUAAACUGGGUUUGUCAGCCAAGAUGGGUCUACAAGGUGUCAUGAGACAGAGUUUUUAUGGUGGAAAUUACGGAUUAAUAGAUGCUAACCUGGACCCUAAUCCUGAUUAUUGGUUGACUGUAUUAUAUAAGAGAUUAGUAGGUAAUAUAGUUCUAGAUAUAGGUACUAGUACCAACACCAAUCUACGUUAUUACGCUCAAUGUGCCAAUAUCAAUAGUACUAUGGGGUAUAAAGUAGGAGAUGUUGUAGUAUAUUUAAUGAAUAUUGGUGGUGAAGCUAUAUCAGUUGAUAUUAAAGGUGUUUCCAGUUCAACUUAUCAUAUCUAUAUGUUAUCACCAGGUGACUCUACUCUUACCUCACAAUCUGUUAAACUGAAUGGUGAAAUAUUGAAGAUGCAGAGUGAUGUAAUAUUACCAAUAUUUGAUCCUAUUGUACAGGAGGGGGGUCAAAUUACUGUUAAUCCUUAUAACAUGGGAUUCAUUGUUCUUCCAAACUCUAAACUUCUUCAAUGUAUUUAAUUCUUAUUCCACAAUUCCUCCUCUUGGCAUGAGGAGAGCACGGAUCGUUAUCAAUUUUUUCAGAGUUCUUUAAAGUUUCUCCAGUGGGGUUUGAUGCAUAUAUUAUGAAUAGGGGUAAAGGUUUCUGCAAGAUAGUUUUUUUUUUUUUUCAAAUUUUGUUCUUAGUUUAUAAUGUAUGCAUCAAAUCCCUGUGAUUUCCCAGGCUGUCAUCUUAAUUUUGAUUUAUAUAUAGAGGUUAUUUUUUAAGAAUAUACUAUACCUUGAGGAUUUCCAGAUACACAACUUUAAUAGAAUUAAAUUUGCAUUCUUUGAAUAUAUUCCUUAAAUUUAGCAGGUUGUCCAUGAAAAUAAGUAUCAAUUAGAGGCUACCAAAAAUAACCACAGGGAAAUCCAAUUUGAGAAUGGCUCUAUUAUAUAUUAAUAUUUAGACUAAAUUUGUUAUUUUUUUAUUUGUUAAUUCGUUAACUGAGUGGUAAUAAAUAUUUUUAUAUAAAAAU